UUGUAAAUAUAAGACUAUGUUACCAAAUAUUUGUCGCGUUUGUGGCAUUGAUGCGGAUACCAUUGCUGUUAAAGAAGUGCCAACAUACCUUUUUGAAAAGAGUGCGCGUAAACUAUUGCGACAAAUUCAAUUAUUAACUGGCCUACUCUUAGAAUCCAAGCAGCAGCUACCUGAGGUCAUAUGUGUCAUAUGCAAAAGUGAUCUAGACUGUGCCAUGGAAUUUCGCAGACGUUGCUUGCGCAACCACAAAAGAUGGACGCAGCCAAAGACAAAGUUAAAUGCUACGGGCACACAUGUGCUCUGUGUGCGUCGUAGUGCACGCAUUAGUCGCGAGCAGUCUCCCAGCAAAGCAAGGCAUCCCAUAGAAGUGCUUAUCGAGGUAGAGCAGCCAAAUACUGCAUCAGAAGAUGAUGAUGGCAUUGAUCACUUGGAUAUGGCCACUUAUAGCGAUGCGCUAGACUUUUCAGACACUGAAGAUGAGCUCUACGAGCCGCCUAGUAAAAAUACGGAGGGAAAACGACGCUGUGCCAAAGGGACAAAACCAAAAUGUGCCAAGCGAAAUACUUUUAUAUGCGACCAAUGCGGUAGACAUUUCUGUGGCCGUGCAGCCUUUGAGCGUCAUCUACGCAAGCAUAGCGGCAUAAGGCCCUAUGUGUGCAACGAAUGCCCGGCACGCUUUCUAUCUACGGGUGAGCUAAAGAGCCAUCAGGAGAUGCACUCUAGCAAUCGUCUAUAUUUUCCAUGUCGCUAUUGCGAUCGCACCUACGUUAACUAUAGUGGACGACUUCGACAUGAACGCACGCAUACAAACGAACGUCCCUAUGCGUGUAACACCUGCGGCAAAGCUUUUACCAACUCGUAUAUACUAAAAAAUCAUAUGCUGGUCCACACUGGCAAACGCAUGUUUAAAUGUGAAACAUGUGAACGAUCCUUCUUGCGUAUAACCCACUUGCAGACACAUUACCGGUCAAGAACGCACAAGCAAAAUGUGUGCCUACAAGAACAGGAACAGCAAUUACAAAUAGUCUCCGAAUCUGCAAUGCAACCGUCUAUUACUGAUUCACAAUCCAUAGUUGUAGGUGGUAUUGAAGUGCCUUUGGAAAGCCAGCAGCUGCAACAGCUUAUAGACAUAGAUACUACAGUUUUUAUAUAAAUAAUAUAUAUGAGCUCUUUAACGGUCUCCUCGUAGGUAACUAUAGCUUGUUUUCCCGUUAGACACAGCAGAGCAGCACAUUGAGACAAAACAAUACUUUUUAUAGUUUACAAAGAUUUCCUUUACAAAUUCUGCUAAGAACAACGUAAAU